AUGGAGCUGUUCUACGAGCUGCUCCUCACGGCGGCGGUCACCCUCCUCGCCGCCUUCCUGCUCGCCACGCUCUUCGCCGCCAAUGAUCCCCCGCGCCGGACCGAUCGCGCCGCAGCCGCGAUCGCCGAGGAGGUGGCGGAGGAGGAGGAGAGGAUCAUCGAGGUCGACGAGGUGAUGAUGCGUAGCGAAGGGAGGGCGGCGGUGGCGCCGCCGGAGGCGGAGGGGUGGGUCGAGGCGGAGAAGGCGCCGGCGGUGGUCGUCGCGGAGGUGAAGGAGCUGGAGGGCUUGCCCGAGGAGGAGGGGGUUCCCGUGAAGGCUGUUCAGCAGGUGCGCCUUGAUGCUGGACUGGAGGAGGGGGAGGACGCCGGUGGCGGCGUGAAGCGGCCUGAUUUGACCUCCGCAGCUGUUGUGGCGGCGGUGGGUGCUGAGGCGAGCCUGCAGGUGUCGGGCGCGCCUAGGGAGGUUUUUGAUGUGGUGGGGUUGGAGGAACGGACCGUGCAGGAUGUUGCAGUGAAGCAGCAUGAUCUGGGCGCUGAGGUUGCUCUUGCUCCCGUUGAAGUUCUCGAAGCAGGACCGGACAAGCAGGGAGUAGAAGUUAUUGGAGUUGCGCAAGUGCUUCCCUUGGAAACAGAAGCUGUUGAAGUGAAACAGCACCAUCUAGUUGCCGAAGUUGCUCCUGCUGAAGAUGUUCUUGACGUGGGAUUGGUGGACAAGAGUGUACAAGCUAUCGAAGUGAGGCCGGAUGAAUUGGAUUCUGAGACUGCUCUUGAAGGGAUUCUUGAUGUCGUAUUGGAGAAGAAGGAAGAGCAAGCAGUUGAAGUGAAGGAGCACGAAUUGCCUGCAGGGGCUGCUCCACAACCAGUUCUCGAUGUGCCAUUGGCAGAGAAAAAAGAGCUUAAACAUCAUCAGCCCGUUGAAGAAGUUGCUGAGGUACAUGAGGAAGUGCAGUUCAAGGAGGAAGCUAAAUGUGAGGCCCAUCCAGGUGAUCAACAAGAAGAACUGGUUCCUGAAGAGGAAUCGGUGGCAAGGACAAUUGAUGAUGUGAAUGUUAGCCAUGAAUGUAGCUUUAUUGAUAAAGUGGUUACCGAGUUGCCUGCAGAGGCAGUGACAUUGCAAGGGCUGCUGAAGGAUGACCCUGAGGCAGACAUGGAGUUUGAGGAGGGAAGGGAUCGAGAGGAGUGA